AUGCUGUCCAAAUCUCAGCUCUUGAGGCGGUCCGCCACUCGCAGUCUCGCAACAGCAGCACCAAAGUUCAAAGUCCCAUUACACGAUGAAUGGAGCGAAAUGGUGAAAAAGGAGCUGAAGGGAAAGGACCCGGUGGAGACCUUGACGUGGAACACACCCGAGGGUAUUGCCGUCAAGCCACUGUACACCAAGCAAGAUGUCACCGAUGUGCCUGAGGAGGUACCUGGGAAGUUCCCGUUCACCAGGGGACCGUAUGCCUCCAUGUAUACGUUUCGACCAUGGACGGUCCGCCAAUACGCCGGCUUCAGUACGGUAGAGAAGAGUAAUGCGUUCUACAGGAAGAAUCUUGCUGCCGGACAGCAGGGUCUCAGUGUGGCAUUCGAUCUGGCGACGCAUCGUGGGUAUGAUAGCGACCAUCCCCGUGUGACGGGUGAUGUCGGGAUGGCGGGUGUCGCUAUCGACUCGGUUGAGGACAUGAAGCGGCUAUUCGACGGAAUUCCGUUGAACAAGAUGUCUGUGUCCAUGACGAUGAACGGGGCUGUGCUGCCUAUUCUUGCCAUGUACAUUGUGGCGGGAGAGGAACAAGGGGCGCAACAGAAGGAGCUUGCAGGGACGAUUCAGAACGACAUUCUCAAGGAAUUCAUGGUCCGGAACACAUUCAUCUAUCCUCCGGAGCCGUCGAUCAAGCUUAUUGGCGAUAUCUUUGAGUAUACCGCGAAGAACAUGCCCAAGUACAACUCCAUUUCGAUUUCUGGUUAUCACAUUCAAGAAGCUGGGGCCGAUAACGCGCUGGAAUUAGCCUUCACGAUAGCGGACGGGUUGGAGUACGUUCGAACAGGUCUGAAGGCCGGCAUGACUGUUGAUGAGUUUGCACCACGCUUGUCGUUCUUCUUCGGAAUUGGGAUGAACUUCUACAUGGAAAUUGCCAAGCUCCGAGCAGCGCGGAGACUGUGGGCACUUAUGAUCAAAGAAAAGUUCCAGCCCAAAAGCAAAAAGUCCCUCCUCCUCCGAACGCACUGUCAAACCUCCGGAUGGUCGCUCACCGAACAAGACCCCUACAACAACGUUAUCCGCACCACCAUCGAAGCCAUGGCAGCCACUCUUGGCGGAACGCAGUCUCUGCACACAAACGCGUUGGAUGAGGCCAUCGGCCUGCCAACCGAGUUCAGUGCACGUAUUGCGCGUAACACUCAAUUGAUCUUGCAGACCGAGGCGCAUAUCCCGAAGGUCGCCGAUCCGUGGGGAGGAAGCUACAUGAUGGAGUCGUUGACCAAUGAACUCUUCGAUAUUGCGAAGGGUAUCAUUGAUGAGGUGGAGACCAUGGGUGGGAUGGCGAAGGCGGUUGCGAGUGGUAUGCCGAAGCUGAGGAUAGAGGAGGCUGCCGCUAAGCGACAGGCCCGUAUCGAUUCUGGCCAAGAGGUGAUUGUCGGAGUCAACAAAUUCCAAGUCAAAGACGACAACCCCGUCGAAGUCCUAGCCAUUGACAACACCCAAGUCCGUCUCGCCCAAAUCGCCAAAAUCAAAUCCGUCAAAGAAAACCGAAACCAAGACCAAGCCACCGCCGCCCUCGCAGCCCUCACCCAGUGCGCCGAAACCGGCAAGGGCAACACCCUAGCCCUCGCCAUCGAAGCCGCCCGCGCCCGCUGCACGGUCGGCGAAAUCACCAGCGCGCUCGAACAGGUCUGGGGACGGCACAACCCGACCGUGCGUGUCGUCAGCGGCGCGUACAAGUCUGAGUAUGGAGACAGUGAUGAUAUUAGCAAGACGUUGAAGAUGGUGGAGGACUUUAUGGAGAGGCAGGGUCGACGACCGCGUAUUUUGGUGGGGAAGAUGGGGCAGGAUGGACAUGAUCGUGGCGCCAAGGUUAUUGCGUCUGGGUUUGCGGAUCUUGGGUUUGAUGUGGAUAUUGGGCCUUUGUUCCAGACGCCAGCAGAACUUGCCCGACAAGCUGUAGAUGCUGAUGUGCACGUUGUGGGUGUAAGCUCCCAAGCAGCUGGGCACAAGACGCUGGUUCCCGAACUGAUCUCUGAACUGCAAAAACUCGGGGCAGGCGACCGCCUCGUCGUCGUCGGUGGCGUCAUCCCGCAGCAAGACUACGCAUUCCUCUACGACGCUGGAGUCGGCUGCAUUUUUGGACCAGGGACAAAGAUCCCCGUCGCUGCGCAGGAGGUCGUUCAGAAGAUCGAGACGUGGCGCGCUAAGACUGAUGGCGACGCUGCUGAUGCGCCCGCACGAUAA